GUACCCGUAUGAGUCAGUCGACUCGUCCCGCAGCCACCGCCUUGUCCGGAGAGAAGAAGGAGGAGGGAGAGGAACGGAUUCCCGGAACCGAAGAGCGCAUCCCCGGGGUUUAACGCAAUCAUGUUCCUGAUAAAUCGAUAUGCGGGCGGCGGCGGUGGUGGUGGGGGAUUCGGUGGAUUCGGUGGAGGAGGAGGAGGAGGAGGAGGAAUGUUUGGAGGCAUGAUGAGUUCACUCUUUGAGGCUGCUGCAAACUACAAACCAGAUCCUCCUCCUGCCAGAAGCCAUCCUUCCGUCAUUCAGGCAAAUGAGAACGAUGAAGAUCGGCAGUUCCGAAGGGUCUUCAAUCAGCUGGCCGGAGAGGACAUGGAAGUCAGCGCAACAGAGCUGAUGGGAAUCCUCAACAAAAUUGUUGCGAAACAUGGCGAUCUGAAGACAGACGGAUUCAGCCAGGACUCGUGUCGCAGCAUGGUGGCCGUAAUGGAUAGCGACAGCACUGGUAAACUGGGCUUCGAAGAGUUCAAAUACUUGUGGAAUAACAUUAAGAAGUGGCAGGCUGUAUAUAAGAGAUAUGAUACUGAUCGCUCAGGAACAAUUGGCGCUGCUGAACUACCUGGUGCCUUCCAAGCAGCGGGUUUCCAGUUAAGUGGUGAGCUCUUUCAGAUGAUCAUUCGACGUUAUUCUGAUGAGAAGGGAGAAAUGGAUUUUGAUAACUUCAUCUGCUGUCUGGUGCGACUAGAUGCCAUGUUCCGUGCUUUUAAAGCUUUGGAUAAAGACGGAGAUGGGAGGAUUAAAGUGACCAUUCAAGAGUGGCUGCAGCUAACCAUGUAUUCAUGAGAGGGAACAGGAUCUGCUGUCUGGAGCUGUGAAAAAACAAAAAAAAAAAACUUUUCUUCCUUCUGUCCUUGCUGUAUACAGGCCAGAUUUUUAUACACUGUACUGUGCGUCAGUACAUCUUUCUCCUUUGUAAACUUCAGUAUCAGAAAUUUUACACUUUGAUAUUGGAUCACCUUAGUUUGGUUUCACGGGGAUGUGAAGGUGGAUCCUAGAUGGCUGACACAAUUUUCUGUGUGAUGCUUUUUGCUGUGUCCAGUAUAUGUGCUGCAAUGCAAAGACAAUGAUAUUAAAACAGAUUUAAA